AUGGUGCUUGUGACUGUGGAACUAGCGCGCUACAAGGUGGACAUCGCUGCACUCAGUGAGACCGCGUUUUCCGGACAAGGUCAACUAGAGGAGGCUGUGUCGGCUACACCUUCUUCUGGCGCGAUCGCCCCAGGGCAGGGCGAUGGGACGCGGGUGUCGCCUUUGCAAUCCAAAGUGACAUCGUGGGACGCCUGCCCUGUCUGUCGCAAGGUAUCAGUGAUCGCCUGAUGUGCUUCCUCUUGCCUCGUCAAAGAGGUAAAUUCGCACCACCGUCAGCCUCUACGCUCCCCCACCCUGAUAACCAGCCUUGACGAGGCGAGGAACAAAUUCUACCAGGAUCUGCACGCUCUCCUGGCGUCUGGGCCGGAGGCGGAUAAAAUGAUUGCCUUUUGUAAUUUCAACGUCCAUGUCGGCACAGACCAUGCUACCUGGAGAGGAGUGUUAGGUUCCCAUGAUGUCAACGGCUCCAACGACAAUGGCCUGAUCCUCUUCCGCACCUGCGCAGAACACCGUAUCAUCCUGACGAACACCUUCCUCUGUCUGCCGGAGCGAGAGAAGGCCACCUGGAGGCAUCCUCGGUCGCGUCAGUAA